AUGGCUGCGAUCGCUCCGCAUUUCCUGUCGCUCAAGUCCAGUGCAGGAUCGCUUCGUCGCGCUGCGAAACCCCUCCAGCCAGCGCAAAAGCUUUCGCAGGCGUCGCAACAACCGACGCGACGUCGCCUGGCACUCGCACGAGUCGCCGCGCCGGAACCCGAACCGCCCAGAUCCCGAACCGUCGCGCAAAGCUCCACUCCGUCGACCAGCACCGUCGCGGCGGCGAUAUCUCCAUCUCCGGCGCUGCGCGAACCUCCCGUUGAGAAGCGGCUGUUCGAGCACGUGAUCGAGGCGCAGCAGUUCAACCGCGAUCUGCUGUCGGAGAUCUUCGAGGUGGCGGACGAGAUGCAGCAGAUCCUCGAGGCGCGCGGCGGCGCGGGGUGCUCGAACAUGCUGCGCGGGUACCUCAUGGCGACGCUGUUCUACGAGCCGUCGACGCGCACGCGUCUGUCAUUCGAAUCCGCCAUGAAGCGGCUCGGCGGCGAGGUGCUCACCACGGAGAACGCGCGCGAAUUCUCGUCCGCUGCAAAGGGGGAGAGCCUUGCGGACUCCAUCCGCACGGUGGAGGCGUACGCGGACGUGAUUGUGCUGCGGCACUACGAGGAGGGCGCGGCGAAGCUGGCGGCGCAAGUGGCGUCCGUGCCCAUCGUCAACGCGGGCGAUGGACCCGGCCAGCACCCCACGCAGUCGCUGCUGGACAUGUACACGAUACAGCGCGAGGUGGGGCGGCUGGACAACAUCCGAGUGGGGCUGGUGGGCGACCUGGCCAACGGCAGGACGGCACGCUCCCUCGCCUACCUGCUCUCCAAGUUCCAAAACAACAAGAUCAUCUUUGUGGCACCGCCCGUCGUUCGAAUGAAGGACGACAUAAAGGAGUAUCUGACAGCGCGGGGCGUGGAGUGGGAGGAGUCAGCAGACCUGAUGGACGUGGCGGCGCAGUGCGAUGUGGUGUACCAGACGCGCAUCCAGAGGGAGCGCUUCGGCGGGCGCAUGGACGAGUACGAGGCGGCGCGCGGCAAGUACAUUGUGGACCGCCGCGUGAUGAACGCGCUGGGGAAGGAUGCCAUCGUCAUGCAUCCUCUGCCCCGUCUCGAUGAGAUUAUGACUGACGUGGAUUCAGAUCCGAGGGCAUCUUAUUUCCGCCAAGCUAAGAAUGGCGUGUACAUUCGUAUGGCGUUGUUGAAGCUCUUACUGAUUGGCCACAUUUCCGAUUACGCGAACGCGAACGAUUUCGGCGACGACGCCAGACCUAAUUUCGGGAAUGCGGGCUUAGAUAGCUUCCACAACGCCACCGUCGGUUCCUUCGGCAUUCCCGAUGUCGUCUCCGCGAAUUUCGGCACUGACCUGGCCGUGGGUGACUCGGACGGAUCGCUGGUCCCGUGGGAUCCCGACGUGGAUGACGUGGAUCAGACGUUCUAUCCGUUCGUCAUCGAGCCGCGAAGACCGCCUCCCGGCGUGCCUUUCGACCCCGCUGGAGCGCCCAGGCCCAGCAACGAGGAGUUCCGCUUGCAAGUGCUCCGCCGCUUCGCCAUCCUCGACACCGAGCCAAAUUCCCGCUUCGACAGAAUCACAGCACUAGCAGCACAGAUAUUUAAGUGCCCAAUCUCACUGGUAGCUUUUGUUGAAGACGAGCGGCAGUGGUUCAAGUCCACGUUUGGGCUGCCAGGCGUGUGUGAGACGGACAGGGAGUCGUCCUUCUGCGCCUACAUGCUGUUGCCCAAUCGCAAUCCAUGUCUGGUGGUGAAGGACGCCUUGGAGGACAGUCGCUUCGUGCACAACAAGCUCGUGGUGGGGCCGCCAUACAUCCGCUUCUAUGCGGGGGCGCCAGUCACCACCAGUGGGGGCUUUGUCAUCGGCUCGCUGUGUGUGAUUGACACGGUACCACAUCCAGAGUUCUCUCCCGAGCAAGAGAGCCUCCUCGUCGCCCUCGCCUCCCUCGUCACUCUCGAGAUGGACAAGCACAGCCAGGAGAUAGAGGUGCAGCGGCUGCAGGCGGACAAGUUUGAGGAGGACAAGCGGGGCCUGCUGCUCGCCAUCGACGCCUUCAGCGAGGGGCUCGUGCUCGUGGACGUGUCGCAGCCACGGCAGCCAGUGGUGUUUGUCAACGAGGGGUGGGAGGAGAUCACGGGGUACUCCAUCGAGCACGUGGUGGGGCUGCACUGCGGGUCCAUCCUGCAGGGCCCUGGCUCCAACAUGACGGCUGUUGAGACCAUGAGGAAGGCCGUUGAGACGGGCGGGUCUGCGUCUGUGGAGCUGAUGAACUACAAGAGAGAUGGCACGCCGUUUUGGAAUUGGUUGCGUAUUCAUCCCGUGCCGCCCGGGUCGUCUUUCCUGCCGACAGAUAAGAACCAGAGGUACUACUUUGGCAUUCUCUCUGACUGCACGGCACGCAAGGAGAACGAGUGGCAGCUCGAGAGCAUGCGCAUGGCGGAGGUGGAGAGGGAGGCGAGCAUGCGAGCUAAGAGGCAGUUCGUGGCGAACAUAAGCCACGAAAUCCGCACGCCCAUGAACGCCGUGCUGGCGUGCGCGCAGCUGCUGCAGGACGCACCCAACCUCACGCAGGACCAGGUGGAGCUCGUGCACAUGAUCUCAGGCGCGGGCCAGCAGCUUCUUUCACUGAUCACCGACAUCCUUGACUUCUCAAAGUUGGACGCGGGGAAGAUGGAGAUGCACGAGAGGGAGGUGAGCCUGUGGGCGUGUCUUGACUUCUGCAUGGAGCUGCUCGUGCUCAAGUCGCAGCGCAAGGGCCUCGACCUCUCCUACAACGUCGACCCCUCUGUACCGCAGUGGAUAUGGGCGGACGAGGUGCGGCUGAGGCAGAUCCUCACCAACCUGUUGUCCAACGCAGCCAAGUUCACGGACGAGGGCGGCCAGGUCGAGGUCUCCGUCUCCGCCACUCUGCUCCCCGACCCCGAGCGGGAGGAGGGGGAGCAGCAGCAGGGCGAGGAGGAGCCAUGGCGUGUGCUGCCGUGGUUUGAGAUCCAGUUCUCAGUGCGUGACACCGGCAUCGGCAUGCCGCCUGAGUUCGCCUCCGUCAUCUUUGAGGCGUUCACGCAGUGUGACAAUUCACGAACGCGGCGGUACGAGGGCACGGGGCUGGGCAUGGCGAUAGCCAAGGACCUAUCGGAGCGCAUGGGGGGGCGCAUCUGGGUGGACACGGAGCUGGGCAAGGGCUCCACGUUCCACUUCACCAUCCACGCCCACGGCUCCAUGACCGUCCCGGCUGGUACCACCGCUGUUGCCGCUGCUACUGACUCGUCCGCUGCAGCACAGGGCAGCGGGGAUCAGCCUGGCUCACCCAACGCUGAUACUGCACCACCCGCCACCCUACCCAGAUCCGAGAGCGAUAAACCCUCCCACACACCCUUCUCCCUCCCUCCUGACUCCGCCCCGACCCCAUCGCCCUUACACAAGCUCUUCCUCACGCCUCCCAUCACCCCUCUCACGGGAAAGCGUGCGCUGCUAGUGGGAGUGCCGCAGACAUUCCACCGCAUGCUAGGGUCCAUGUUAGCCGCGUGGGGCGUGUCGUGCACUGCUGUGCGCACAGUGGACGCAUUCUGGGACCAGUGGACGGGUGAGGAGGGCGGGCUGGGGCGUGCAGCAGGGUGCAGUGAAAAGGAGCAGCAGAAGAGCCUGCUCAAGGUGUACCGAUCGGGUAGUUGGAGCGAUUUACCCUUGUUUGGAGGGGUGUUUUCAGGGAGGGCGGACGGAGCAGGGUCGUCUGAACAAGAACCUACUGAGGAUGAUGAUGAGGAGGAGGGGGAUGGUGAGGGUGAGGGUGAUGGUGGGGAUGGUGAUGAUGGUGGGAAUGAGGGGGAGGAAGGAGUGGGGGAUGGGAAGCAGGAAAGGGAGGACGAUGAAAGCACGAGAAAGGAGGGGAAGGAGCGGAAGAAGCGGGGAGGAGAGGAGCUGUCGUUCCUGGCGCGGGUGCAGGCGCGGCAAGGGCAGCGCUUCGACGUGGUCCUUGUAGACGGACCUGCAGUGACGAGCAGUAGAGGGUGUGGCGGGCAAGGGAGGUACGGAGGGGCGUUGGCAUCAGCGCUGGCAGCGCAGCACGAGCAGGAGCGGGCGCUGCUGAUGAUGCACCUGGGGUGUGCGUGUGCGGGCACAGUGCCCACCUUCCUCUUCCUCUCCAAACACUCCAAGCGCCAGCUGCCCUUCGACCCCGCGCUGCUGCGCAAGGUGGCGGUGCUAUCACGCCCAGUGCGUGUCAACCAGCUAUACAAGCACCUCAUAGAGUACCUCGCCCCCUCUGCCCUCGCCACCGUCCCUGCUGUCCCCGACUCCCCCCGCUAUGAGACCCCCGCCUUCUUCGACGAGCCAUUGGACCUGCGACCAGCGCCAUCAGCAGUGUCGCCCUCACCGGCACCAGCAGGGCUGUCGGGCAUCUCAGUGCCCUCCUCCUUCGCUGGCUGCUCCUCCGCGCCCCUCGCCUCCAUCCCCACCUCCGUCUCCACUGCAGGUCCAGCGGCAGGGUCGGACCCAGAGGAGGUGGCGAAGGCGGUGGCGAGGGACGUGGCGGCGCUGCGCGUGGCGGUGGUGAAGGAGCCCAUGCCGCUGGGCGUGGUGAGGGCGGAGCGCUCCAGCCCGCGCCCAGGGGACCUGCAGGUUCUCAUCGCCGAGGACAACAUCGUCAACCAGCGCGUGCUGCUGAAGCUGCUGAAUGGCAUUGGGGUGAGGUCGUGCUACACUGCAAUCAACGGGCUCGAGGUGAUGCAGCGGCUGCGGCAGGUGACGGUGGAUCUGGUGCUCAUGGACGUGCAGAUGCCCGAGAUGGAUGGUCUCACUGCCACUGCCUGCCUCAGAAGGGAACUACCGCCAGAGCAGCAGCCGGUGGUCGCAGCACUGACGGCAGAUGUGGGAUCGGGAAUAGAGUCUGAGUGCAAGGCUGCUGGCAUGAACUCUUACCUUAGCAAGCCUCAUUGCUCGCUUUAUACGGAAGAAGCCCUUGCUCUUCCAUUCGUGGUCACUGUCAUUAGAUCCGGUGUCAUGGAGGGUUCCUCGUCUCGGGAGGGAGGCAUUCAGCUCCUUUUAGCUGCAGAGCAAGAAGCGCAGAAGGUCGUAGCUGCAGCUCGUGCGGCCAAAACUGCUAGGUUGAGGCAAGCGAAGGAGGAAGCGGAGAGGGAAGCCGCUGCUUACCGCGCUCAACGCGAGGAGGAGUAUAGGAAGAAAAAGGCCGGGACGUCAGGCGACUCGGAAGCGACCGUGAAGCGGCUGGAAGUGCAAACAAGGCAGAAGAUUGAUCAGCUGACUAAGGAAGCGGGCAACGUGUCCAAAGAUGUUACUGCAAUGCUCCUUGAUCUUGUGACAACAGUGAAGCAUUAA